AUGCUGAUCAAUCGUUUCCGCCGUUUCGUCCUGUUCGUCGUUUUCGUGACUCGCCUCGGUGGAUCGACGAGGUUCCCGAACGACUCGCUCGCGAGGUCCGAGAGAGAAGUCAAGUAUCUGAUAUUUCCGCAAGGCAGCAACGUGCAACUCGUCUACUGUCUAACCAUGAGCACGUACACGAAGCCCCAAGGAAUGUUCACCAUCGGCGUUACGGCCGGGCUGGCAUGGGAACUACCCCAUAGAAAUACCGUGCCAUACAGGAAGCCAGCCGAGGUUUAUCAUCGUCGGAGCAGAAGAGAGCUGUACCGUAAAGUGGAGCUAAUGCUAAAAACCCAGGCGAGGGAUGGCAGGGCCUGCAUCCUCAAGGCGAUCUGCAAGGCUGCCAAACGUAGGCGCGAGGACGUCGGCAAGGGGAGCUUCGUCGAGGAGAUCUUGCACGCAAUAUUCACUCUGCCUGGGGGAUGGUACGACAUCGAUCCGAUGACCGAAUACGAGCGAACUUACCACUUGGGUGAGAAUUGCGAUGAGGCGUACGCCAAGUGUCCAGAUCUCUUCUGA